GAGGGGUCCCUCCUGGGGAGCUGCAGCCAUGGGGACCGAGCUGUCCCAGCGGGAUUGUGCAAACUCCCACCUCCGGGAGCUGAACUCGCUCCCUAUCUCGGCGCUGCACUUUGCUCCCGGCUGCCGUGACCUCACGCCGGCUCCCCGGGCAGCGUUUAAAGUCCAGGCAGAGCGGUGCCACUGCCUGCUGCCCGAGCAGCUCAUCCCCGCCGCCGCCGCUGCCCUGGGCCUGCCCGGCGCGGGCUCGGCCUGCAGCAUGCGGCUGCUGCUGCUGCGGGCAGCGCUCCUGUGCCUCGCCCUGCGCCUGGGGCACGGCUCCGAGGAGGCAGCGCCCGGCAGCCCCGGCCAGCAGGACCCCCAGGCAGUGUCAUCCUACUCCGACUGGGGCAUCGACACCAUCCGGGAUGGCUUCGAGACGGUGAACAGCUACUUCGACUCCUUCUUGGAACUGCUUGGGGGGAAAAAUGGAGUCUGUCAGUACCGCUGUCGAUAUGGGAAGGCUCCCAUGCCACGGCCUCACUACAAACCCCAAGAACCCAACGGCUGUAGCUCCCAUUUUCUGGGGCUCAAGCUAGACCUGGGCAUCCCUGCCAUGACCAAGUGCUGUAACCAGCUGGACAUUUGCUAUGACACCUGUGGGGCCAACAAGUACCGCUGCGACGCCAAGUUCCGCUGGUGCCUCCACUCCAUCUGCUCCGACCUCAAGCGCAGCCUGGGCUUCGUCUCCAAGGUGCAAGCCUGUGAAUCCAUGGCAGACACAGUGUUCAACGCUGUCUGGACCCUGGGCUGCCGGCCCUUCAUGAACAGCCAGCGGAGCGCCUGCAUUUGCAGCGAGGAGGAGCGCGACGAGCUGUGAGCAACAGCAGCAGCCCGGUGUCUGUGAGCCACUGCCAGCGCCCCUCUGCAGCACAGAGACUCCUGUCAGCCCCUGGGAUGGACCCUCUGCAGCACAGAGACUCCUGUCAGCCCCUGGGAUGGACCCUCUGCAGCACAGAGACUCCUGUCAGCACCUGGGAUGGGCACCCGGGCUGCUGCCAGCGUCCCUCUGCAGCACAGAGACUCCUGUCAGCCCCUGGGAUGGGCACCUGGGCUGCUGCCAGCACCCCUCUGCAGCACAGAGACUCCU